AUGGCUAUCCAGCCCACUAUUGGUCCAGAAGGACGUAUGGGGAGCGAAGAGACUUGCGAGCACUUCAGUGAACACGCUGAUUCUAGCAGAAGUAGAGAGUUUGAAGGAAACCCGACUUUUCCACAGUAUGUGGUAACAGACGACAACGAAUUGAUACAGCUGCUGUUAGACGUAGCGGGCGAGAGUGCACAUCAGUUUCAAAACCUGCAGAAUAUUGGGCAGCAGCUGGAUCAUACUGGAGAAGUUCAUCGUCUUGCUGAUGCUGUAGUGGAUUUGGAAACAAUAGGAAAUUUCGUCGAAAGUCUUGGAGUAGGAGCUAAUGAGGUUGUGAUUGACAGUUGCCCACAAGAGCACGUGCUGUCAAAUCCGUACCAUGCCAGUCAGGAAGCACGUCUUCGCCAAAUAGAAAUAGUUCCGAGGUCGGCAUCACAACCAAAGCGUCCAUUACAUGGAAGAUUGGACGAUGAUUCUCUCGCUCAUCAGAAUUAUAACGAGGACGAAUGGGAUGGCGUUCAUCUGGAGGACUUCACUAGAGGUCCAGACGAGAGAACGGCUGUUUUGUCUGCAGAAGACCAGCAAGAGCUGUCAAACUUACGACCGCUAAAAACAAUCCAGCGACCGUAUUUUCCGCCGAAUCUGUCACCUAUAGAGAAGAAGGAAUACCUACUAGUAAACUAUAAAAGAGCGUGCGAUCGUUAUUUGCCAUUUGCCAACGUGGCCGUUCUGGAAGCUGAUACGAAAUAUAACCCUGUGGAACCAGUCGGCAGCGAUUUGUAUCGAUUUCAUUCUAGAGGAGCUCACAUUCACGGCUUUUUCCGUUUUGUAAUUGAUACAAGAGAUCGUCCUAAUCUUGAUCAAACCCGUUACAUCCAGGAUAUAAUUUUUGGAAAAGUGUUCCCUUUGUUUCCUGACUACGAUGAGUGGGAUAAUAGGAUGCGUCGUGAGUUCCAACAGCUUUCGAAUCGGUUACUGCAGAUGUUUGAGAGCAAGCGUCGUUCUACCACCAAUGAAAAUCGUGGUGGCCGAGCACCAAUUAUUCGAUGUGUACCGAAGCCGACCGAGAAACCUCCACCUGAUUAUGUCAAACAACAAGGAAUUCAAAGCGAAGGCAUACCACGGAGUUGCGAACCACUUCUCUCUUCCUUUGCUCCUCAGCUGACUUCGACCACCACGCUUCCAGAUUUAUAUACGACUAGGCUGAAACAAGUCACUGGUGAUGGUUCUGCGAGCGAAUUAGUUGCAGUGCCUCAUGAAAACCUUAGUGGAUCACGUACACAGGCUUGUGAAGCAAGCAAAAGAGAUAAUGCAAGCCAACUGGUGGAUAGUGUGCUCGCUAACCGCGGCCGAGCAACUUUACAGUGGGAGGAACCGUUGCCCCAGAGAGCGUCAAUCCCGCAGUCAUUUGCCUGUAGCAAACGUGUCGGUCAUUUGAAGUAUGCUAUUUUUAUACGAUCACGUCCAACUCUGGUUUUUUACUUUCUUGAGUCGGAAUUAAAUGACCUGUUCUUUUGUUUUACUUCGGCAUUUAACCACCAGAGGUUAAGUGCAAAGCCUGUCGAGUCUGAAACGAUACACAUGACCGUUACCGAAACUACUGAGCCGGCAAUAGAUGCAACAGGUCAUUAUGUAGUUUCGCCGGGUGAGUUGAGCCGUCUGCAUCGUGCAGCAACUGUGGAGCAACGGUGUAUACCACGAGCGACGGUUCGUAGUCUUCGUGAAAUGGCAGAUUCUGCACGGAAAGGAGGAGGUUCAUAUUAUUGGACAAGUGGCAGUCGUCAGGAAGCGGCAUGGGUAUCGACGAUCGGUCAAGCACCCCGAUGUACCCGUAAUUCAAUGCGACCGACAUCAUCUACAGCGAUGCAGAAUUUACCCUUUCACUCUGGUGUGAUCAGAACGCAGUUAUCGACAAAUACGCAUGCUACAGAGGUUUUGCGAUGGCCAGCUGUGCUGACAAGGAAUACAGCAAGUACGACCGCCUCAUCCUUAAGUCCUUCUGAGCAUGACCAUCACCGCAGCCAUUCUUCUGGACACUGUGAAACACCAAGUUCUAAUUACCGUCGAAGUGCUUCCACCGGAAGGCCGGCUACUCGAACACUUGUUACAAACUUAGUGUCUGGGCUAGGUGAAAAAGUAUGUGCUUCUUCUGGACAAAUUUUGGCUGACUUUCCUAUAGAUGGCAACUAUACCACAGCUUCUACAGAAAUAGCUGAUAAGAACCAGUCUAUUGUGAAUGAGUGCUCUCCGUCGUUGAUUAGUAAGGGCCAGUCCCAGCUUCCAGAUCAAAAUAACUCUCGAAGAAAUGUUCAAGGGAUGUUAAGUCGCAUUAGAGCGUCCAAAGAAACCCGACCUCUGAAACCGACCGGCUAUUUCAGAGAUGAACAUGGUCGGCUACGUCGAGUUAAAAGAUUGCCGGAUGGGACACUGUCUACAGGGGACCGAACUCUCUGCAGUCUUGUUUGCCAAUUGGGCCGGAUUCCAACAGAAAAGAGAUCAGGUGCUGAAGUGCAUAGGUCUCGAUCUGAGGCAGCCAACACUGUGUGGGAUGUGCAGUCGAUAGCUGGCAAACGUGGAAAGAAGACAGGGAGGAAACUAGAUCAGUGUAGCCAGUCCCAAGCGUUUCUCGCAUCUUAUAGUCACUCUACAUCAUUUUCGAAAUGCAAGAGUAUUCUUCAGAGGCAGAAGUCGUGGAAUUUUGACACUAAGACACAACCGAGAACGGAAAGUAGGAAGAAAAACAUGCCAUAUCCGGAUGAUGACAAUAUUAUUAUCAAAAUUUCGAAGACUCAUAAGCGUUCGAUGAAGAGGGUGUUGCUCGAUCACGACUCCACUGCUGCAGCUCGUAAAUCUGUACAGGUUCUGUUGUCUGGUCCUCAUGAGUCCGACUUGAACGAGGAUGAUGCUGUCGAUAUCAGUGUCGAAGCAGAAUAUUUGAAUCAUGCAUCUGAUGUUUCCAUCGGUUUAGCUAAUACUAAAUUUUCUUGUCACUACGUUGAGGAACGUUGUUUCGUUGUCCAAAAGACCUUCAUAGAAUUCAAGUAUUCGAAGCAUUGUUCCUCACAUUCGCUCUACACUGCGCACAUGAAGCUCAGUGGGAAUGAUGAGCAUCUUCAAGUUUCCUUUUUAUGGCCAUGUACGAACGUAGAAUUAGCUCAAAUGAGCGUCGUUGAGUCUAAUUUCUCAUUGUUCCAUUUAGUCACCGAUUCAGUGAUGGGAAUGGACCAGGAGUCUGAAGGAAUUAAUAUUUGCACCAUUGAAGCAAUAACUGUACCCUCUGAAGAAUACUAUCCGUUAAGCAACAUUUCGACGUCAAGUGUUAUUGAGAAUGCUCUAGAAACGGAACAUAUUUUUGUCUCUCACAAUGUUUCUUGUUCGACGCAGGAACGUAUUGCGCUAUCAGCAGUUCAAGUCCAUUGUGCUUUUGAUAACGGAAAAGAUGCGGAAGAAGUAACAAUAACAUCUGUAGAACGGAACAUUAGAGUUGAAGCUUUUUCAACGAUAAAAAGCAUUCAUCUCGAUUAUGAAGGUUUACAAAAAGCACAAGUAUUUCCAUCGCAGAAACGAAGCUGGAAGGACGGAGAUGAACAGGUGGGUUGUCGUUCUAAUUAUGAGCAAAACCCUCCACUAUCCUCAAAAUCUCAGUCGGGAAUGCGAAGUACGUGGGGAAAAGAUGGAAAAUCGCGAACGUCCUUGGGCGAGAUCGUUCACCGUCCUCCGAUGACAUCUACGAGCAUUGAUUCCAGUGACUACGAAAAAAUCUCAACAGGAACAAACAGAUCCGAAACUUACAGAUCCCUUGAUGUUAGGCGUGAACACAUACUAGAAUAUGAAGCGGAACCUAACUUUACUGAAACCACAUGUUCGAACCAGCAUUCAAUUAACACUGCGGACUCCAACUUCACCGCCAAUGAUGAACUUCAUCAUGUUUCCUCUGCAAUGCCAUCUACCAAUGAAGAAAUGGAGGACCUGUACGUCAGCAUGCUUAACUCCCCGUCAUGGGAUCUGAUUAUGGAUUAUGCUGAAAAUACCGACUUAGAGCAAUUUAUGGGAAUGGAACUCUACAUCGGGGACUCUAGUUUUCGUGAUACAGGGUUUUUUGAUAGCAUUGGAGAAGGUGAACGCAAUUCUAUUAGUGGGGCUCCCAGUAUUGCAGCAACAGCAUACCACGGGGACCCUGCGUCUGGUGGUCUUUUCGAUUUAACUAGUUCUGAAUUCUUUCUUAACGGCGUAGAAGAACGUAGUUCAAACCUCCAACGGAACCUUGCUGAAACGACAUGUUCGAACCAGCAUUCAGUUAAUAGUGCGGACACCAACUUCACCGCGAAUGAUGCACUUCGUCAUGCUUCCUCUGCAGGGCCAUCUACCAAUGAAGAAAUGGAGGACCUGCACAUCAUCAAGUUUAAUUCUCCGUCAUGGGAUCUGAUUAUGGAUUAUGCUGAAAACGCCGACUUAGAGCAAUUUAUGGGAAUGGAACCCUACAUCGAGGACUCUAGCUUUCGUGAUACGGGGUUUUUUGAUAGCAUUGGAGAAGGUGAACGCAAUUCUGUUAGUGGGGCCGCCAGUAUUGCAGCAACAGCAGACGACGGCGACCCUGCUUCUGGUGGUCUUUUCGAUUUAACUAGUUCUGAAUUCUUUCUUAACGGCGUAGAAGAACGUAGUUCAAACCUCCAACGGAACCUUGCUGAAACGACAUGUUCGAACCAGCAUUCAGUUAAUAGUGCGGACACCAACUUCACCGCGAAUGAUGCACUUCGUCAUGCUUCCUCUGCAGGGCUAUCUACCAAUGAAGAAAUGGAGGACCUGCACAUCAUGUUUAAUUCUCCUUCAUGGGAUCUAAUUAUGGAUUACGCUGAAAACACCGACUUAGAGCAAUUUGUGGGAAUGGAACAAGAAUUGGAAAGACCUAGUAUUUCCAGUAAUGAAGCAAUGACUUAUCCAUUUGUAGAAUGUUGUUCGUUUACUCAUCCCAGUCCUGAUCAUUUGCAAACGCAGCAAGUAUUUCACUCGCAAAGACGAAUCUGGGAAGACGGAAAUAAACAGUUUUCUUUUUUCCAAAAGAAAAAAAACCCAUGGAAUACGUUCAUGGAGCAGUUGAAAUAUUUGCAGCCUGGAAUCUUUGCUGAAAAGGACGUAGAUCCUAAAUUAUUCUCACCUAUUGCACCUGUUUGGACAACUGCAAACCGUGAACAGGAGGAUUUAUGCAUACCUUCAUUUUUGACAAUAGAAGGCACUCGAGCUGAAAAAGAUCUGAACACAAGGUGCUUUGUCGGUGGUGUUGACAGUUUUGAAAGUUCCUCAAGUACUGCUCGGUUUUCUGGAAUGGAAAGAAGGAUUUCGAAGAGACGACGCUCGCAAUUGCACGGUGUACGUUUUGUUUUGUGCUAUGUUUCACCUAUCCAAAUUCAUCAUUACUGA